AGUUUCCCAGGGAGGGGGGGGCGUGCGCGCUGCCAGUGCGCGUCCACCGCCACCCCGCGCGCGCGCGCCCGGGAUGGCGAAGCGCAUGCACGGUGCGACCGCCGCAGGCGCCUGGACGGAGAUAGUGGCCAAGAUACAGCGCGCCGCGGCCGAUGCUGGCUUCAACUUGCACGAGGCUGGGCGCCGUGGGCUGCGCGAGGCCUCCUUCGGGCCGGCCCAGGCCGCCAUGCGGACGUUCGGGGCCGAGCCGAGUGCGAUACGCGUGGCGCCUCGCGGGGCAGAGAGGGAGGAGGAUGAGCAAGAGAAAUAGCUUGAGUUUCCUGCCAAGCGACAAGUAGCGCCAGCAAGCUUGAGGCUGCGUGUCCGCUUUCAAGGGCAGCCGAGCCACGGUCGGGCAGCCAGACCUCCUGUUCAUCACACAGCGUCUGCUAAGACGUGACAUCUGGAAGCGCGGGGUC